AUGCAUGCCCAAGUUUCGAGCAUCAACAAUACGGUUUCUGCGCAGGUAAAAGAAUCGUGCUCAGUUCAACUUAGGUCACCCAUUGAUCCACUGAUUUCGAUAGAAGCGAUGAUGUUAGUUUUACCAAGACUUACUGGAAAUUUGCCAACGUUCCACAUCAGCGCACUCACGCAGCAAGCUCUUCCAGAUCUUGUCUUGACGGAUAAAAGGUUCUUCAUAAACGAGCAAGUCGAUCUUGUUCUAGGUGGAGACAUCUAUCCCCAAAUAAUUUUAGGCGGUAUUCGAAAGAAUGUUCUAAGUACGCUAUUAGCUCAAGAGACAGUAUUCGGUUGGAUACUGACGGGUCGGGCAGACUCAGAUAAUCCGACUACUAAUCGCGUAUCGUUCUUCAAUGAAGUGGCCCUGGAUAAACAACUCAGCACUUUCUGGGAGUUAGAAGACAUCCCGGAAGACAGGAUAAUGACAGCGGAGGAAAAGCAAUGCGAGGAGCUCUACAAACGAACGACAAUGCGGAACCAAGAUGGAAGAUACAUCGUGUCUCUUCCAUUUAAAGACGAUUUCCCAUCUAAAGACACUGUGGUGUAG